AUGGCGUAUUUAACAUUGACCACUUUACCUCUGCUGCUGCUGAGCUGUUGCAACAUUUUGACAGCAAACAGCAAAGGUAUCUUAGGGUCUGAACCCGCACCGCUCAGAGUCUGUUCAGAUGCCGUUCAGGAGGUCACUGUCAAUUUAACCACUAGUCUUCACGAGCUGGACAGGAAAUAUCUGAGUAUUGCCAUGUCGCCCAGGAGGGUGAAAAAUAAAUAUGAGGGAGCCCAAAAGCUAAUCAACUUGGCAGUGGCACUUGCUCCAGCGGAUGCCAGGGUGGGUGGUACGGCUGUCAACUUCAUGACAUUCAUCCCUCCUGCCAGCAACGCCCAUACUGAUCAACAGUCGCCUGUGCUGGAGGCUAGCAACAUCGACUUUCCUGGCGAGGAGCCUGAGAGCUUUUCUUUUACAGGAGAAGAGUGGGAGUCGUUCAACACAUUUCUGACAAAAGCCAACUGGGACCUCUUGUACGAUCUCAAUAACUUCAACUGGAAAGCUGAUCGCUCAUGGGACACAACCAACGCACAGCAGCUUCUCAAAUACUCGGCUGCCAAAGGAAUUAAAAUUCCUUAUCUACAAAUUGGAAAUGAACCCAGCGCUUACCCUCACAAGUACAACCUGAACAUCACAGCUAAAGUCCUGGUAGACAACUAUAAGACGUUGAAGAAACUUCUCUCCAAGUUCCCCCUGUACAAAUCCACACAGUUGUGCGGGCCCGAUGUCUCUAAUAUCGGCGUCAGUCGUAACGCUAAAGAAUAUCUGCAAGGGUUCGUCUCUAACGGAGCCUACAAUGUAGUUGACGCUCUCAGUGUCCAUUUUUACUAUGUGAAUGGGGCCACUGCAACAAUCAACGAAUUUCUCAGCGUGGAGAUUUUGGACACACUGAAGACAAUGCUUGAUACGGCUGUUGGCAUCAUAAACUCCAGCCCUAAACCGCUGCCGCUCCAACUGACAGAAACAGCUUCAGCUUACGGCGGCGGCGCUCCUGGACUGUCUGACACGUAUGCAAGCGGUUUCUUAUGGUUGGACAAGCUUGGGCUGGCUGCCAAAUACAGAGUGUCGCGCGUCUUUAGACAAGAUCUCAAUGGCGGAGCUUAUGGCAUUUUAGAUGGCGAUUCGGACCCAAGACCGGACUACUUUCUCUCGCUGGUGUUCAAGAAACUAAUAGAAGGCCCAGUAUUUGACGUCAGCCUCAAAGAAGUCAACAAAAAUUUGCGAGUGUACGCAAACUGCGCCACGAAGGAUGCAUAUCCCUCUGGCGCCCUAGUGGUGUACUUUGUGAACCUGGCAGACACGGACGCUGUGAUAUCACUGCCCCAGUACCAGAAUGCUGACCUCGAUCUGUACUUGCUCACUUCAGGAGACAGGAAAAAACUGACAUCCAGCUCUGUCAAACUAAAUGGAGACGUCCUGGAGAUGUCCGGCGAUGAUCUGCCGACCAUCAAACCUCUCUCUCACAAAGGGGACGUCACCGUGGAAGCUCACUCCUUCGGCUUCAUCGUUGUUCCAAGUGCCAAGGUUGCCCUGUGCAUGAAUUACUUCAGCAAUGUGGGUCUCGCUGACAUGCGGCAAUAA